AUCAAUGUGUCAACUAUACUUAAUUUUCAAGCGUGGUGCUCUUAGAGAGAGAACCAAUUGAACGAAAAUUUGUGCGCCUUGAUGCUACACUAGAGCAACAAUUAAGCUAGGCGAAGCACACAACCCAGGCUUCACUAAGCUUUAGAGAUUAAGCAUGCUUUAAGCGGUCCUUUUAACUGCCAAUCAGAGGUUGUGUCAAUGAUUCUUACAAAAAAAAUUCUUUGUGCAUGAUCAUCAGGUACAUCGAUUAUCUCUUCUUAGGAGAUUAUGUUGAUAGGGGCCAGCACAGCUUGGAGACUAUGACUCUUCUCCUUGCUUUAAAGGUUGAGUAUCCCCACAACGUUCAUUUAAUUCGAGGGAACCAUGAAGCGGCAGAUAUUAAUGCGCUUUUCGGCUUUCGAAUUGAGUGCAUUGAACGCAUGGGUGAGAGAGAUGGAAUCUGGGCUUGGCAUCGGAUUAAUAGGUUGUUCAAUUGGCUUCCUCUCGCAGCGCUAAUUGAGAAAAAAAUAAUCUGUAUGCACGGUGGCAUUGGAAGGUCAAUUAAUCAUAUAGAACAGAUAGAGAAUAUCCAGCGUCCUAUCACCAUGGAAGCAGGGUCGAUCAUUCUGAUGGAUUUGUUGUGGUCUGACCCAACUGAAAAUGAUAGUGUUGAAGGAUUAAGACCAAAUGCAAGAGGUCCAGCGUUGGUCACUUUUGGGCCUGAUCGUGUGAUGGAAUUUUGCAACAACAAUGAUCUUCAACUGAUAGUGCGAGCACACGAAUGUGUGAUGGAUGGCUUUGAACGAUUUGCUCAGGGACAUCUAAUUACACUUUUUUCAGCCACCAAUUACUGUGGAACUGCUAAUAAUACUGGUGCAAUCUUGGUAUUGGGUAGAGAUCUUGUAGUGGUUCCAAAACUUAUUCACCCAUUGCCACCGGCACUUUCAUCACCAGAAAAUUCACCUGAGCGCAUGGAAGACACUUGGAUGCAGGAGUUAAAUGCUAACAGACCGCCUACGCCAACUAGAGGUCGUCCUCAAACUGCCAAUGAUCGAGGUUCUCUUGCUUGGAUUUAGAUAGAUAGUGAAGAUUGUUUCCUACACUUCAGGCUCAUGCUAAUGUAGGGGGAAUUCCAGUUGUAUGUACCGCAUGAUGCCAUUUGGAAAAUGGCGGAGUUAUAGAUAUCUUCUCGAAGAGAUGAGGCUUUGAGGCCCUAGGAAUCUUCGACAGAAUGCACAGGCUUUAGACAGAACAAGAUUGGACUUCGCAGGUUGCAUACGCACCAGUUUGUCUUGAUGGAAACAGUUGGGGUUUAGAGUUGCCCUUUGUAAAUUAAGCCACAUGCAGGUAGAAGGAAUUUAGAGUCUUUGUUGUUAUCAAGGGUUUGUAGUGCUGGAUUUUGUUUUGUUUAUUGUACUAGUUUUUCAUCGUUGGUAGAAGGAAUUUAGAGUCUUUGUUGUUUCCUUGUUUAGGUGUAUUAUUUUUGUCUAUGGUAAAAGAGGACUUCAGGUCCACUAUAUUAUUGGUGAAAUAUAUAAUGCUAAAUAUCUGGUGGGAGUUCUUGUAUCAUAGAGGGGUGUUAGUUUGUGUAAUUUGUGAUGAUACCUUGUACAAUGUAACUAUUUUGAAGAAGAAAAAAAGUUUUAUCUCAAAAGAAAAUGAUGAAGGGGAGGAAUGGCUGAUUGUUUUC